GAAAUAGCACGGAAGGCUGCACUUGCACGUGCCCUUUCUAAUAUAGAGUAGAUGGAAAUGCCACUUGUUCAUGUACUACAACAACCAGCGUCACCUCUAAUGAAAGCGAGGCAGUGUAAACACAAGUCCAGGAACAUGAAAAGAUCGGGUGACAGUGAGGGGGAAAAGAGAAGAAAGAGGCGGAAGCUGCUGCAGGAGUUGGGAGACCAGAAGAUCCCCUUUCUGGGACCUUCAGAUCGGGGAUAUCAGCAACUGUGGGACUCCAGUUACUCCGGCCUGGUUCUGAGGAGAUCCUGCUCGCUGCCUGCUGAGCUCCAUGGCCGGGUGCAGGCAGCUCUGCUCACCCUGAGAAGGAAGGGCUGUCUCCUGAGGGAUUUGGUUCGCAUCCGUGACCGAGAUGUAUUUACUGCCGUUUCACGGGCUCUGCUGGGUGAGCCGGGCCACACCUACCGAUAUUUGGACACACGGCUGUUUGCCAUCCCCUGGCACAGUGAGGACACUGAUGUCAAAGGACAAAACUGUUGUGACCCUGACUUUAGGGCUGCUUGCAGAGCAUUGUGGGAGCUUAACACCUUCUUUUGCUCUGAUGUGUCUCAGCUGAAGGAAGGAGACAGGCUAACGCAAUGUGCGAAGGGAGAGGCAGAGGCCAAACAGGGUGAAGAGGGGGACACGGGCUCCAAACACAGUGAAGACUCUAAGAAUAGUGAUGGAGGGGACUCCGAGUCCCGACAAAGUGAGGAGGGGGACACAGAGUCUAAGCACAGUGAGGAGUGGGACAUUGAGUCGAAACACAGCGAAGAGGGCUGCUCUGGGUCAAAACAAGAAGGAGAAUGGGAGACUGAGUCCAAACACAGCAGCGAGGAGGGAGAGUCCUCCCAGGUCAAACCAAGUGAAGCAGCUGUUGCAGCAGGGUCGGAACACAGUGAAGGGAAAUUCCCGGGCUGGGCGCCUAAGGCCAUCAGUGGCACAGAGAUUAAACCUGUGGGACUAGGGGCCCAGGAGAAACCAGUGGGACUAGGGGCCCAGGAGAAACCAGUGGGACUAGGGGCCCAGGAGAAACCAGUGGGACUAGGGACCCAGGAGAAACCAGUGGGACUAGGGGCCCAGGAGAAACCAGUGGCCCAACUCAAGCACAGCUUGUCAGGUUACCACAUUGAGGACACGGAGGAACAGGCAAGCGGGCAGGGGUGUUCCCAGCCGAGUCCUCCGCAGGUAUACACCGGUCCGGUCAAGUUCAAUGUCACCUUACUCAACUACAUGGACCCAGCAGCUACAAGCCAGCUCAAAGAGGAGCCUUACUAUGGCAUGGGGAAAAUGGCGGUAGGGUGGCAUCACGAUGAGAACCUCAUCAGUCAUUCGCCAGUGGCCGUUUACAGCCAUAGCUGUCACAAUGACAAAGGUGAGAGCAGUGAGGGAGGCAGCGGUGAGAUGGCAUGCUGGAGGAUUGGGCUCAAGGUAGCCUGGGACAUCCACACACCUGGCCUGAUGCUGCCACUGGAGUCUGGAGACUGCUAUUACAUGAGAGAUGACCUGAACAGUACCCACCAGCACUGUGUCCUGGCUGGAGAGACCACACGCUUCAGCUCCACACACAGAGUGGCAGAGUGUUCCAGUGGUACCCUGACCUACAUCCAGUCGCGGUGUCAAGAGGCCCUGUCCACCCUGCACACUGACCCAGAGACAGGCUCUCACAGCCUGCUGGCCCUGCUGCCGACAACGCUACAGCACUGUGAGGAGAUUCACAAUGAGGUGGAGUUUGAGUGGCUGCGGCAGUACUGGUUUCAGGGCCAGCGCUUCGCCCGCUUCUGCAGCUGGUGGACCGGGCCGAUGGAGCAGCUGGAGAAGGACUGGAAGCUCAUGGAGACGAUGACUAUGCUCUUCUUGGCUACAGUGGAGGAGGAGGGCCAGGAAGGAGAGGGAAGGAGGGAGAUGGCAGAAACCCUGCUGUCUUCCUUGACAGACAGACACCAGCAAAGACAGACAUGGAGAGACAGGUGCCACUCAAGUCUGGCCCAGACAUUACCCCCUGAGGAGGCCCCAGUGGACCGGCCCUUCUGGGGUGUGGAUGACCCCAGCAUGCCGCUGCCCUUUGAUCUGGCUGACAUCAUCAACAGAGUGGAGUCACUGCUGUGGAGGAUGUGAAGGAUGGAUAGAGGAAGUGAGAAAACACACCACCAGCUUUUCUGAAUGACCCCCACAGCAGCUGUGGGGACAGACCACUGAAGAUACCUUCCUUGUGAUCCCACCAAGACUGAUUUCCUUUUGAUUGGAUCAUCUUCCCCCCCCCCCUUCCCCCUUCUCCACCCUCCACUACCCCAGCUGACCCUGAUAUUUCAGCCCCCCCAGUUUGGAGUUGGCUGGAAGGAAUCCAGAACACCACACUAAAACCAGAAUAGUGCUUCAGUAACAUGCUAACAACGCAAGCUUAGCGACAAGCUACUAGUGUCACAACGGUCUAACGAAACAUAAGUGGAACCUGCAUUUCAGUGUUAGCAUACAUUGUGAAACUAUUUAUUUCAGUGUAUUCUGUUACUUAAUCUCAUGUAACCCAGACAUGCUUUUAUCAAUAGAUUAACUAAUUCACCGUAGUCACAGUACAGUACAUACAUAUAUGCUUUCUAUUUGUCACACAGUGUUAUAAUACAGUAUAGAAUGGUUUAAAAAAAAAAUACUUACUUCGCUCAAAUGGUAUAUCAUUCUUCACUUGUGUUUAGUGUAAUCCCUUUUAUUGUGUUCAGAAAUGGAAUGAGCCUGAAGAGACCAAAGAAAGAUGGUUGUAAGAAAGUUAUGAAUGUCACUCAACGGAGAACAUGAAGAAUGUGUUUUUUAGUGUUUACGCUGCGAGUGUGCUUGUGCCAUAUGGAGGUGUGUGUGUGUUUGUAUGUGUGCAUUGAGCCAUGUGAAUAUACAUGUGAUCAGUCGUUGGCCUGUCUGUCUGUGCACGCUCAAUCUCCCACAUGUCUACAUGAAGGCGCGCGUGUAUGAAUGUGAUAGUGUGUGUGAGCCUGUAGGCAGCCUGCCAGUUGUUUGUUCUUGAAGAUAUGCAUAUGGAGAAACAGAGACUAGCAGCGGGGCCCCUCUGCUUCUGCUCUGAUGAAAGGCAGCACUGAUAGAAUGACCCGGAACACAACCGCCGUUUCUCAUAAUUACGGCUGUUCUAUCGCUUUUAAUUGCUCUUAAAGUGUGUAGAGCACCACAUUCCCCUGUAAAGCUGCAGGCCAUCCGAGAGAGUGAGAGAAAGAUCCGGCGCUUCUGACAAAAUCCACUUUCAAAACAGCUAAAAAGGGUGGAAAAGGGGGCCGACGUCAAAGCAGUGUAGCAGCCCUCCUCGUUUGAUUCAUUUCUCUAUCUAGUUCAUGAUAAAGUACAGACUCUGUUUACUAUUAAAAAUGCAGAAUGCACUCGUUUUUUUACUUUUGAAGUUUUUUCCAAGAUGUUAAUGGUUGCCAAACGCUGUUCUUCUUGCUUCUUCUUUUGCUGCGCCUCUCUUGUUUGUUGUUGUCAGAGAGAUUUGUUUGUAGAUCGGCAGUAGCGUUGACUUGUUUGAAUCACUCUGCUCCCUGCGCCACAGCUUGUCUGUCUGAAGCAAUAGGAAUGGCAGUAAAAAAAAAAAAGCUGUGUUUUAUCCAACAA